AUGGCCAAACAACUGUCUAUGGUGUCUCGCAGUGGCUCUGACAAUCAACGUUACGGGUCCAAAGGCGAGAGAUUAGUUGCAGGUGUCGUCCCUUUAUCCUCGGACAAAAGCAGAGUCCUUCUCAUUCAGUCCACACAACGUAGCGGCUGGGUUCUACCCAAAGGUGGAUGGGAGCUUGACGAGCCUACAGCAUCAGCAGCAGCUUGUCGAGAGGCUUGGGAAGAAGCUGGGAUCCUCUGCAAGGUCGAAAGAGAUCUAGGACAUAUUCCAGAUACCAGACCGACAGGCACUGUGACCAAGAAGGCGCCAAAAGCUAGCUAUCAUUUUUUCGAAGCUACUGUCACCGAGGAACGCUCGGAAUGGCCAGAGAAAUACAAGAGAACUAGACAAUGGUAUGUCUAUUCGCAGGCGGUCCAACUCCUGCACUCAAGACCCGAGUUGCUCGAGGCUCUGAGGAGGAGUUCGGUCAAAAGGUGA